AUGACAUCUGGUUAUUCAGUUCUUCAAUUAAAGGAAGAUGACGUACUUAAAAUCCUUGCAGCACAACUUCAUGUUGGCUCAAAAGACGUUGACUAUCAAAUGGACACCUAUGUUUGGAAAAAAAAACCAAAAAAUGAAGGUUCAUCUAUAAUUAAUGUUCGUAAAUUUUGGGAAAAACUCGUUCUUGCUGCUCGAGCAAUUGCUGCUGUUGAAAAUCCAGCUGAUGUUUGUGCCAUUUCAUGUCAACCACAAGGUCAACGUGCUGUAUUGAAAUUUGCAAGAUAUACUGGUGCUACAGCUAUUGCUGGUCGUUUUACACCUGGUUCAUUUACCAAUCAAAUUCAGGCUGCAUUCAAAGAACCACGUGUUAUUAUCGUAACCAAUCCAAAUGUUGAUCAUCAAGCCAUUACUGAAAGUGGAUUCGUCAAUAUUCCUGUUAUUGCUUUUUGUGAUCCAUCAACAUCACUUCGAUAUAUUGAUAUUGCUAUUCCAGCAAAUAACAAGGCUAAUAAAUCAAUUGGUCUUAUGUGGUGGCUUUUAACACGUGAAGUACUUCGAUUACGUGGUGAAAUCAAUCGUCAAGCACCUUGGGAUGUUAUGGUUGAUUUAUUCUUUUAUCGCGAUCCAGAAGAAACUGAAAAAGAAGAUCAAGUUGGUCCUUCUGGUCAAGAUCGUGAUACACAACAACACGCCAUAGAAUCAGCUUAUUAUGAUGAUGGUCCAUCAAUUAUGCCAUCAUCAGAAAAUUUCGCAGGUAAUCAAGACAACUGGGGUGCAUCUGCCGCUGAUGGUUGGGGUACAGCAAAUGCUGGAGCUGGUACUGCUGCUGUUGAAACCAGUGACUGGGCCGCACCAGCUGCCGUUAAUACUGGUACAACUAGUGGCUGGUGA